CGGCAGAAAUGGGCUGCGGCUUGAGGAAGUUCCGUCAGACGGAAGACAACAGUCCGGGAAAGAUUUACUCCACCCUCAAGAGACCACAGGUGGAGACCAAGAUCGGGGUCGCCUACACGUACCAGCACUUGGACUUCCUGGUGGGGAAAGACAAUGGGACGUCCACACUGUGUCUGUCCUCGGUGAGGGAGCUGCCGUCUCAGCUGCAGGAUCUCUACCAGCAGGGCUUCAUUCUAACAGCUGUGCACCCCUUCGUCCACCCCUGCGGCCCCGAGCCCGCCAGCGUCCAGCGCCAGCUCUACCGGGCAGUGCUCAUCAAAGUCUCUGACAGCUGGGAGAAGAAUCCGGCAGACUUUGAGCCUUACCAUCUAAAGCUGGAGGAAUGUAUGUCUGCGGACCAGAUUCCCACUACGGAACACAUCCAAGGCUACGUAAAGAAACAGAUCCAGGAUGCUGCGGAUCAGGGCAUCAUGUUUGUGGGCUUCAUCCAGGAGCCAGCUGGCCUCCGCCCACACGUGCCACGGCACGGAGAACCAGAGGAACCCUCCCUCUCCCUGCACUCCAGCCCCAGCUCGCUGCACGGCUCCGGGCUCACGCCCAGCCCCAGUCCCCUGGAGGAGCCGGAGCUGGGAGACGAGUCUGGAGCGGAGAACGAAGGGAAAGACGGGGGAGGUGAGGCUCUGAGAGAGGGCGUGAAAGCUUCUGAAGGUGGAGAAGGAGAUGAUGUCUCUGUUGAGACAUCAGCCAUGUUGAAAUCAGGAUCUGGUGAAACACAGCAAGGAGAUACACUGACACACAACAACAACGACACGGCCAAAAUCAAAGACACGAGCGAGAAAGCCCUGACGAAGAGUGUUGCCGAGCUCUUUGGAUUGUUUAACUACCCGGGUCGCCGUGAGGGUCAGUUUAAGUACUACACGGUUAAAGUGCCUCUACGAGUGCAACCGCAGGGCGAGGGCAUCUGUACUUUGGAGGCGAACUGGCUCGAUCACAUGACUCAACAUUUCAACAACGGAGCUUCACUAGUGGACGGAUACUUUCAGCUGGCCAAUGACAGCGAUCUUCUCAUCAAGUCAGUGGACAGUGUGUUUGUGUUCCAGGAGGCCGUGGAGGGAGACUCCAGCGCAGCUGCUGCGUACGACGCUAUAGUGGUGGAGCAGUGGACAAUCAUCGACGGUUUACAGGUGAAGACGGACUAUAUUCCCUUGCUGCAGUCGCUGGCUUCAUUCGGAUGGAGACUCACUUGUGUGCUGCCUACACCCAUCGUCAAGACUAACAGUGAUGGAAGUUUGGCCACCAAACAGAUCGUUUUCCUCCAGAGACCAAUGUUGCCUCGCAAGAAGAAAGACUCGAAGAAAGUCAUCUUUAAAGCACGGAACAAGUCCAACAAGAACUCUAUCAAAGACGCACCAAAGAACAAGAAGAAGAAAGAGAAAGAGAUGAGUGAUCAAAAGAGCAGCGAGAAGAGCGCUGAAGAGACGAACGAACGACGGGAGGAAAACCUGAAUGCAGAAGUGCAGAGUGAACAGAAGGAGGACAGAGAGGAAGGGAAUGAGACAGAGGAAGGGACGGCUACAGGAAGUGAGGUCGGAGCUGACAGGGAGAAACAAGAAGAGGUGGGCGGAAGUAGCGAAAGAGAUGCUGAGGAAAAGGUAGACGAGAGUAGUGUGAAAACUGCUGCUGAAAUGGGGCCGUAUAAGGACAAAGCAGCACAAGAGACAGGACAACAGGAAGUGGAAAAACAGGAAGACGAAUCAGCCAAUCAGGAUUGAGGAUGUGCUCACACCCACCAGGCCAAUGGAAGUGGACCUUUAUGAAUGUUAAAAUGCUACCCUGCAAAAAAAUCACUUUGCUAAUCAAUAUUUUGUCUCGUGCAGUAUCUAAACAUCCUUGAAACAAGAUCAGUCUCGUUUCAAAGAUCUUUAGAUACCCAAAGAGACAAAACUACUGGUUGACGUCGUGUAGCUUACAGUUUCAGACCUCACCUCCUGUAACCAAUGCUGAACAUUUAACUCGGCCGAUCGAGGUCUUUAAAUGAGCCGAAAGGACUCCGGGAUCCUGGAAGAGGGAGGAGAGAUGGGAAGAGAUUGUUAUCGGUAGAUGCACUGGAUGGGAAAACCACAUUAAUAUUUAGUUGAUGAGCCCAGAGGGACUCGAAGAGGAGAUGGUUACUGUUGCGAGAAGCAAUCUAUUGUGAUGUAAGGUGCAUAUGUUUGUGUAUGUUUUUGUUUACGUUUAUAUGAAUAUUUCAUGUCACCGUCCAAACAAAAGGUUCAGCUUCUCAAAGUUUGAGAGAAGAUACUCACCUGAAGUUUGUUGGUUUGGUUGUUAACUUUCUGGUUUAAAGGAAUAGUUCACGCAGAAAUGAAAAUUCUGUCAUCAUUUAUUGUUGUUCCAAACCUGCAUUACUUUAUUCCAUGGAAAAAGUGAAAUAAGUGAAUGAAUGUUGUAUGGAAACCCAUUCCUGCCACAUAAGAAAAAAGAAAAAAAUCAUAGAAAUCAUGAGAUAAAAAGUAAAAAUUAUGUACUAACUCAUAAUUAUGAAAUGUCAAAAUUGACAUACUAAGUUCUAAUUAUGAGAUAAAAAGUAGAAAUUAUGACAUACACUCAAAAGAAAAAACUGUAAGCCUUUUUUAAAGAUUGAAUGAAUUUCAAUUUUAUAGUAAAAUUCCAUUAAAUUUAAUUGAAUAAUUAUUUAAUUAUUAUUUAUUUAAUUAUUUAUCUCAUAGUUCUAAUAAUGAGAUAAAAAGUAGAAAUUAUGACAUACACUCAAAAAAUUUAAGCCUUUUUUAAGAUUUAAGAAUUUCAAUUGUAUAGUAAAAUUCCAUCAAAUAACUGAAGAAUUAUUUAAUUAUUUAUCUCAUAGUUCUAAUUAUGAGAUAAAAAGUAGAAAUUAUCAUAUAGACUCAAAAAAACAAAUUUAAGCCUUUAUGAUUUUUUAAUUGUAUAGUAAAAUUCCAUCAAAUUUAAUUGAAUAAUUAUUUAAUUAUUAUUUAUUUAAUUAUUUAUCUCAUAGUUAUAAUUAUGAGAUAAAAAGUAGAAAUUAUCACAUAAACAAAAAAAAAGCCUUUUCUUAAUUAAAAAAAUAUGAAUUCUUAAUUCAUAAUAUGAAUAAUAUGGUGCUAUACUAUACAAUUGAAAUUUGUAAACCUUCAAAAAUCUUUAAUUUUUUUUUUUGAGUGUACUAAGUCAUAAUUAUGGAUUUUACUAUACAGUUUAAAUUAGUAAAUCUUAAAAAAGGCUUGAAUUUUUUUUGGUGUGUAAUAAGUCAUAAUUAUGAAUUUUACUAUACAAUUUAAAGUUGUAAAUCUUAAAAAAAAAAAGGCUUAAAAAGUGUAUUAAGUCAUAAUUAUAAGAAGAAAACUGACAUAAAGCAUGAUUAUUUUCUUAUGUGCGAUAAUCCACAACUGUUGAGCUCCACAAAAGCAUCAAAGAAGCAGUACAUAAAUAUAUUAUUUUGCCCAGUAUGUGCGUACAGUAUAUUUUAUGCUGAUUAGAAUAUUGCAUCGUUAUUUAACCACAAGAUAAAUGAAUAAAUUAUCCAUUGAAUGUCUUAUGCAACAAAUGGUGAUUAAAUGAUGACAGAAUCAUGAUUUAGGGUGAAUUAUUGCUUUUAAAAGAGGCAGAUGGUAUAACAAGCUUGAGUUUCUGUCAAGUUGGGCUUCGGUUCACUUUUACAUCGAGACAAGCUGCUAUAGCAAAUGUUUUCAACAUUGCUCUAAGAGGCAAUGAAGCAUCACAAGUGAUUUUGUUUAAGAAAGAAGACACCAGAAGGAUGAGAUAUGCUCACCAACAGAUAAUUUCCCUGUUUUAAUUAGCAGACGACUAAGUGGCCGUUCAAACAGGACCUUCUUCUUGUGUUAAAAACAGCGGAGCGCAACAGAAGGUGUGUUUAUAGGCACAUUAACUCACUGACACCUGCUAAUGUUCACCUCAAGAUGUUCAUUCUGACUCCUGAUCCAGAUCCCAUCCAUGUUUUAAAACUGACACUGAUUUGUUGAACUAAUUCAUCAAGAUGAAAUCAAAGUAGAGAGGGCGGUUCGAACAGGAGGGGUUACAUUGGUGCCGUGACCCGGAUGGGAGUGAGGUUUAGGGGGGUGUAACGGAGGUCAGUAAGAGCUGUGCGUGUAAACCUCACUUCCCUGGCCUCAAGAGACGCACUAGCAACUGAUGCUAGAGACUGCGGUCUUUAGCGUCCUUGUUAGCGAGCCCGCCUCCCAUGCCAGAGACCCUGGUUCGAAUCCCGCUCAGAGUGGGUCAAAUAGGACCAGUGACACAUUUACUGAAAAUAGCAAGAGAGAGAUGUGGCACAUGUGUGCAUAGACCAAAAUUAAAAUAAUAAAUGGUUAAAACUGAAGUUUUUAUAAUAUUUCACUGCACAGAGUUUCCAUUAUGAAAAUUGCAUUUUCAGAGGGAGGCGAAAUGAGUGAAACUUCAUGGUGUUACAGACCGCCAUCAAUUUUCAAUUUGCAUAUGAAAAUAAAUGGAUACGUGGAUAAUCCAUAACAGACGGUUGUGAUGGGAUAGAGGGGUUAUUUCAUGACAAUGAUAUUAUUACCAUGAUCAUCUGGGAUGUUUCGGAUUUAAAGUGAACAACAGAAAAUGAGGACGGUUCGAAGGGAUAAUAAUGGGGUUAUGGGUUCACACGGUUCUUCGGCUUUCAUUAAUGAGGUGAACGUCUUGUAUUUCAGACAUCACAUCCCAUAAUCCAACUCAAUCACAAGACUAUGGUUUCAGAUAGAAAGCAUUAUCCUGUCUGACUCACGGUUUAGGUUUUGCAUAGACAGUGUUAUUAAAAAAAGAACAAAAAGUAUGUGUUAAAGAAAAAAUACUCAUUGUCAUAUUAUCUCUGAAUCCGUCACUUUUUCCAUCAGCUUUCUGUUAGUCAACGCAAAAUCUGCGCAGCGAAAAUCUUGAUUGCAUGGAUUCUAUUGAAAUUACUGAAAUUACUAAAACAGUAAAACCUAGUUCACACCAAGAAUGAUAACUAUAACGAUAACUAUAUUUUUGUCCACACAGACGAACGAUAAUGGUCUGUUUAUUCUGCAGUUUCAAAGUGUGUACAACAUGUUUUUGCUGUUAUUGUUGCAUUUACACGGCUUUAACCAGCUGAUGUUCUCAGCAUGCUAUGUUUGGAGUGAAUAGCUAGUGUAAUCGAUCUAAUCUAACAGCUAAUUUAGCUGACGAAGUCAAUAUAGUGGAAUAAAAACAACGGCUAGUCUUUUUCACUGCAGCUUCAAAGGAAGCAAGACAAUGUUGUCCAAACUAGCGUUGGAUACCUGAGCUAAUUUUAUUUUACACUGUUUGCUAGCCUGCCAUAAUGAUCUCAGCGUUAAUACUUCUCACCAUUUAUUCUGAAGGUAUGACUGAUUGCUUUCCAUAUAUCCAUUUUCUUUAAAGUAUCCUUGAAAAUGGGGUUUGACUUGUCAAACAGUGGUGGAUUUUUCAGGACUUCUGCGAUUAACUUGAUGUCCGCCAUUUUAAAUGCGCAAGCCCUUAAAUUAGAACGGAUUCCAAUUGGCUGUCAGUGUUUUAUCAUUCAACAGCUGGAAAAAAUCAUUCUGAAAGUGAUCCCAACGAUAUUGUUUAUCUAUAUCAUUAUUGUUAUCGUCGUGGUGUGGACAGUGCUAUUCUUUUAUAUUUAAAACGAUUUUUAGAACUAUAUUUUUAUCGUUAUCUUUAUAGUUAUCGUUCUUGUUGUGAAGGGCCUUUAGUCUCACUUAAAAUGUCAUUGCAUUAGUUAAAAUAUAAAACAUUUACUUGAGAAGAAAGAGAGCGCAAGCACACUUUACAAGAAAAAACAUUGCACAAAUAGUUCAAAACCACUUUCUGGUUGUCAAAUGUUAGCAAGAUGAAUCAAAGAAUGUGCAUUAAGGUUGGCAUUUAGGGUUGCCAGGUUUGCGUAACAAAACUAUUGCUAUUCAAAACCCAGCCAAUUUACAGCCAAAACUAGCCCAAAAUCGCAUUCUGGGGGGUUCCCCAGUAAAAAAAAAUUAGUUCCCGCGAUGGGGGAGGGGUCACUUCAACCUGCGGCAACAGUGUAAAAGUAGCCCAAUGCCGCAGGAAAACCGCGGACUUGGCAACUCUGUUGGCAUUAAAGGCUAUUGUGACGUAUAUGCGAGUGAAAUGCUUCUCGAACAAGAACAAAUGUAGGGCGGGGCUUGAUUUUGUCUGUGGGGAAUUGAUUGGAUGGUUGUGGUUUGCUAUUGGUGGAUCUCAUGUGAGUGACAGGUUGCCCCACCCUCAUCAUUAGAGAAGAGAAAUCACUGCAAGAGUUAUUUUGACUCAAGAUUACGAGGCACAUGAAAUUAAAACAAUACUUUUAAAACAGAUAAAUCAUUUAUAAUAAAUACUAAAAUAUUCCAUUUAAAAAUAAGAAUCAAUUUUGAUAUUACAGUGACUUUAAUAAAGUGAAUCUCAUUUUGAUUUCAUGUUAACUUUUGUGCAUCACCUGAGCUGUGUGUGUAUUUUCCAUCAAGUCAGCAUUGUUGCGUCGGCGUCUGGUUGUAUUUAUAAUCUGGGUUUGCAGUGUCAGGGUUUUUCCAGCAUGUGGUCUUCAGGGAGGGCGUGUGUGCGGGUCUGCAUUAGCUCUAAUGGCCAGAGGGGUCACGUUUAAAAUCAUAAUGGCUUUUCCGCUCCCUCCUGCUGGGAGACACGUCUCCAACGCAGCCUCAUCAGAAAGGACGUCCGCCCAAUAAAAGAUGCCGGCUUCAAUCUCUCCGCAUACGCUUUUAAAGAAAUUCAUUUUGCACUUCCUUCGUUUCCUUGCUUCUUAGACGAUGGCGGUCGCUUCUUUUCAGAGCGCUUUCUGACAUGUUGUCAUUAUAAUUGUGCUUUGUCACUGCAAUGCUGUUGUUUGACUGUAGCUGGAGGGGGAAAGGGCUUGUUUAUCGUUUUAAUACAUGGGAAAGACAGAUUCAGCCAGAGACAAAGACAUUCUGUUUUUAUUUUCAACACACACUCUUAGAAGAAAAGGUUCUAUAUAGAAGCUUAAAGGGUUCCGUCAGGCACUUCAUGAUAUAUAGAACCAUUUAGGAGUCCCAUCAGGGAUCAUUUUAUGGAUUCGUUUAAUUAGUAGUCGUAGACACCUAUUGUAAUCAUUGGGGUUCUUAUUAUUCUUCUUCCGUUUCCACUUUUGAGUCCAUGGCAGCCCAUAGAACCGCUUGCGGGAAAGUUAUGAAAUUUGGCACACUGAUAGAGGCCAGUUUGAACUGUGUCCAUAACAAAUUUGGAGUCUCUAACUCAAACCCUCUAGCGCCACCAGCACUCACAUUUAUGCUAAAAACUUUUGAACCGUAAGCACCCUAUGAUGUCAUUUUCCGCCAUUUUUCCGCCAUUUUGAAUUUUCCAAAAAAACUACUUUUUCGAACUCCUCCUAGGCCGUUACUCCGAUUUUCACGAAAAUUGAAUCAGAUCAUCUUCAGACCAUGCGGAAUUCAAGUCGAUUUGUCGAACCGUUUUCGAAAAGCACGCAAACGAAUUUUACGUAGUGCUUGUGGAAAUAGACGUAAGGCUUUAUCUCCUCAACCCUUUAUUGUAUUCAGACCAAACAUGGUCCAUGUCAUCACAAGCAUGACCGGAGGUAACAUGUAAAAAAGUUAUAAUGAAAUUUCGGCACAGCGCCACCUACUGGUCCGGAGAUAUGAAAUAUUGCUCUUUUUGCUUAUAACUUCUGAACGGUUUGUCCAAAAAUCAUAAAAGUGGUCUCGUUAGAAUUGGGGCAUCAAGCUGAGUCGAACGACAUCCAACUUUUCCAUAUCGGCCAAUUUGCGCGUUAGCCAUUUUGAAUUUUGGCAUAAAAUGCUGUAUUUUAUGAACGCAUUAGUGUAUCUUUACGAAACUCGGUAUGUGUCUUCGGCACUAUGCCCUGACAAUACUCCAAAAGUUUCAGGGCAGCGCCACCUUGUGGUCAAAAGUUAUAAUGAAAUUUACAAAAAUGCUAAUAACUUCUAAAUAAAUUAAAUUAAAUGAUGGUCUUUUAUGGUCUUAGCAGAGAACAUAGAUACCAAUUUUGCUAUAUUUGGCCAAACUUCCUGUCCGCCAUUUUGAUUUCGAUUGAAAUUUUUGAUUGAAAACAUACUUUUUCGAACUCCUCUUAGUCCGUUUGUGCGAUUUUCACCAAAAUCGAAUCGUAUCAUCUUCUGACUGUGCUGGCAAAAGUUAUGGAUUUCAUGUUGAUAGACGAAACUGUUUUCGUAUACCGCAGCAACGAAUUUGAGGCAUGAUGCCAAAACGACUCUUGAGGCUGUAUCUCUGCAGUGCUUUGGCAUACUGACACCAAACUUUGUGAGUGUCAUUGUCACCUCACUCUGACAAUACCACAUUAAUUUGAUCACAGCGCCACCUAUUGGUCGAAAGUGAUAAACCAGUAAAUCAUUAUUAUUAACUGUAUUUAUGAUUUUUCAGCUAAUUUUGAUCUAAAUGACCAUAAUAGGGCUUUAAUUGCUCAUUUUUGCAGUUGGUCUGAUGCUCCCAGCUUGUCAUGACUUCUUUGUGCUUGGCCCCUUAAUUGCUGUUUGCAGCUAUAUUUAUUUUUAAUUUUAAUUAAAUUUUAUUUAAUUCUAUUGUAAACAUACUUUAUCACUAGACAUUUCUCCUUAUAUAGAGCUGUUUUGGCAUAAAGGGUCGUUUAAAAUUGAGUCAAGAACCCUAUAGAGUUCUUUAUAGAACCUUUUUUAAGAGCGUGUUCAAUCUCACAUGCAGACAAAUUUUUUCAGUCAUUAUUUGCUAUGAAUCACAAGGCCCAUGUGGAAUCUGCAGACAUUUUGAGGUGGUAAAAUCUGCAAAAAUUAGAUUAAAACAUGGUAAAAUGUGUUAAGCAGAGCUGAGAGUUCUACAAAAAACAUUAAAAUUAGCCAAAAUAUUUAAUAAAGGUGAAGAAGUUUGUGAAUGACGGGCGUUCCUAUUCCCGCGGACAUCUGUGGGCGUAGAUUCUGCGUGGGCCUGUUUAUCUCUGACAGAUAGUAAUUAUGUUACAGUAUGUGCUAGUAUGCAUACUGCUCUACUGUCAGCAUCUGCUCUGAUAAGCUUGGCUUGUGCUCUCUAUUAUCUAGAUUUAGUUUCUUGACUGAGUUCAGAACAGAACUCCGUAUUGUAUAAUAUAUAAAUUAUGUCGAUAGUCCACUUUAGACUUUCUACGAACCACAAGUAACUUUGCAACUACAUGUCAGCUAACUCUCAUCAGAGUAUUAGUAGACUGUUAGGGUUAGAAGAAUAAGUUGACAUGUAGUUGCAAAGUUACUUAUAGUCAGUAGAAUUUCUGUUGAAGAGCAUCAAAAUAAAGUGUUUGCAGAUAACAAGUCUACUAAUACUCUAAUGACUGCUAGUUGACAUGUUGCAAAGUUACUUAUAUAGUUAGCAGAAUGUCUAAAGUGAACCAUCGAAGUAAAGUAUUACUACUAUUUUAAAUAGAAUGUGAAAGAGCAUAAAAUAAAGCUCAACACAGGUAAAAAUCACUGUUACACAUGGCUUUGAGUAGCAAAAUUCACUGACUGCAGUAUUUGGUAACAUUUAUUAAUAUUAAUCAUUGGGAAUAGCAAGAUGACAUCUAGUAUAGAUAUGCACUGUGUACACGACCAUUCAAAAAAUUUAGAUCGGAAAGUUUUUAUUUUUUUUAUUUGGUAUAAAUUACAGUUUACAAUAUAUUUGCAUAGAAAACAGUUAUUUUAAAUCGUAAAAAUAUUUCAUGAUUUUUACAGUAUUUUUGAUCAAAUAAAUGCAUCCUUGUUGUUUCUUUAAAAAAACAUUUCAAACAGCCUUUGUUCUGCCCUCAAACCCUGUUAAACAAAUACACACAGCAGCUAAACAUAUCUUUGGACUUUGAAGGUUCAAAUAAUUCAUUUAGACACACUUCAUGUGGUUUAACGGUGAUGAAUGGUUAGUGUGUAAAAGUAAUGUGAGCUUUACCGCCUACCUUUUUUUCCAAUGCAGAUUCAAAUGCACACAAUAGCAGGCAUGACAUCAGCGAGUUUAUGUACGGUAAGUCCGGUCUAUAGGCCUGCGGGGUCAGCGGGGUCAGCCCGUGGGUUGGUGAGGCCACGUUAAAAUGAGCUAUUAGAGAAAAACAAGGAUGUGGAAGAAAUUACGAGACAGGAUCAGUGAAAUGAUGCUGAACAAUAUUUACCCUCCUCUUUAGUAUCGACAGGGCGAGCUUUGAGUCACGCAGAGGUUGACCCUCGUCUCCUGUAGCUUCUCGUGUCACAUGCUAAGAGACGUGUUAGUUCGUCAGUUAUUUAACAGAUUUUAAUGUAUCCUGCAAUGGAUCACUGUAGCUCCAAAUGCACAUGCUCCGUCCAUUUCCUUUGGUUCCUUUCUUGCUUUUCAGAAGAUAAAAGAGUCGAACAUGCUGCAUUUCCCCCUCAAACAGCCGGCUGGUGAGACGUGUGAAGCGCGCUUGUAUAUCUCAAAGGAUUUUUCGCCAUUUCUGCCUCCAUAUUUGCAGGUCGCUUCUUUGAUUGUCAGCCACUGUUGUGCCAUUGUGAACAUUGAUCAAUGUUUUUCAUCGUUUGUAUGGACAAGCAACAUGAUAAUGUCAUCUGUACAAUUUGUAUAAUAUAAUAAAUAUGAUUUAUAUUUGA